UUCAACGCUCGCAAAAGCAACCAGUUACGAUUCAACUUUCAUUCCGUGCUGACGUAUCCGGGCGUGUUGAGUGUGUGCGCAGCGAGCGCUUUGAGUGGUAAGCGACGUCGAUAAUCGUUCUGCAAAACAGACCAGCAAACAAGGAACUAAAUGGUAUUUUAAAAUAAAUGUUUUCGGAAUAUUUAAAUAUUUGCAAAUUGUACUUUUGUGGUAGCCAGCAAAGUUGUUGGGGUAACAUUAGUACACAAAAUAUUCGCAGCACUCUUAUUUGAAACAAAGUGAUUUCAAAAGGCUUCAACAAUCAAAAAAAAAAAAGUGUAACAAUGAGCCAAAUAAGUACAAGAGCCAACAACAAUUGUGCACAAAAAUAACAAAUGAAUAUAAAAACGAACGUCGCGUUGGCCGCUUUUGAGAGCAUUCUGCGCAUAUGUGGGUGUGCAAUACGCCAAUUGGAAUGAAAUUGUAUUGGAAGUGUUAAAUGCAAAAAAAAAACAAAAAAAUAUAUAUAUAACAAACUGUAAAUGAAAACGAAAAUCGUAAGGUGUUCGAAAUAUUCGUUGAAUGCAUAAAAAGUUGCCUACUCAUAUAUGUUUGCCAUGAAUGUGUACUGCAUAUAGGAACAAGUUAAGCGAAUGCGAUUAUUUAUUAUUCGUGUUUUUUCCCCUCUUUUUGUUAAAUGAAAUAGUAACACGAGGUCAAUUUGUGGAAGAAAACAUGCUAAGCCAGGUAUUAUUUGCUGGCGAAGGGGUGGACUGGUGAAUUUAAAACUACGCUAAAGUGAAAGGGAAUUAAGUGAUACAACAGCAGUGAAGUGAAAAAGUUAAAAAAGAAAAACAAAAAAAGUUGAAGAAAAAUAAUAUAAAAUAAUCGUUGUGAAAAAACACAGGCUCUAGUGAUAAGGCAACAUACAAACAACAACGAAUAAAAAUACAUACUAGUGAAAUAAAAUUAAUUACGCGCACGAUCACACCCGACCAUUUAAAAUAAGCUGGUGAAUGGCACAAAAUGUUUAGCCAAGCGCCGCAAGCAACACAGCCAAAGUUGCUCACAUAACCGCCGACAGCAACUAAAAUUUGAGUUAACAGAAAAACAAAAACCAAAAAAAGCACUGCAAAAGAAAUCAAAAAACAACAUUAACGAAAAUAAACAGUGUAAUAGUAUUUAAAAGCGGCAAGCGAUUAGCCAACGAAACGUGCAGGGCAGCCGAAUAGCGAACAGCGAACAGCGCAACAGCAACCGAAACUGCAUAAACUAUUGUCCACAACCGGGUUACAUACCAGGCAUUAGUGGUAGUGGUAGUAGCAGCAGCAGCCGCAGCUGCAGCAAAAGCAGUCAAACUAAAUAACUAUAAAAUAUUUGCACUAGUAUUUGAGUGCUGCAGUGGCGCCAAUACCCGUCGUCAACGAAAAGCUAAAAAAACGCAAAAAAAAACAUUGCAAGUUCGGGCAGCAGCGACGCACAUCACCUACAUCAUUUUGCAUUUAAAACAGUUCAACAACAUUUGCAGUUAGCGCAUUUGAAAGGAAAAUACAACAGCUGCUCAGCAACAAUAGCAAAAAACAAACAUCGCCACCACAUACAAAUUGCCCACAACAAACUCUGCCUAUCUCAUAACUAUCAUCAAAAUGGCACCAAUUUUUCACAGAAACCUGAAAUAUUUCAAUUUCAAUUUCAAUUUUGGUGAAAUCUUCGCAAAUCCUGACAGCGAACAUGUAAAAGUAAACAUAAUAAAGCGUAGGCUACAACAACAACAUAUAGAUGCUGCUGCUGCACUCAGACCGCAUCAAAUGUCCAUGCAACGAGUGGGACUGUCGUCGGCGAUUACGAGGCUGUCACUUGCAUUGCUGUUGAUUUCUUCAUUGGCCGUGGCCAAUUGUCAAAUUUGCGGACAGCCUGCUGUGCCACUUAAUGCCAAAGUACAGACCAUCUCCGGCGACACGGGUAUUAUAGAGGCCAAAUACGAAUGCGAUUCAGGUUAUGAGCUCUUUGGACCGCGAACUAUUAAAUGCGAUCCGUUUAGCGGCUGGGAGCGUGAAUUGCCUUUUUGUGGCACCAAUGUUGCCUAUCGUAAGCCGGUCAAUCAGAGCUCAUACACACGCGCGGGCCCGGCGAAUUUCGCUAACGAUGGCAAUCCUGGGAAUAAGAAUCCCGAUGGCCAGCAAUGUUCCGAAACGCAAAAGGAGCCAUCGCCAUGGUGGCGCGUGGAUCUGUUAGCUCCACAAGCUGUUCGCGUAGUACGGAUCACCACACGCGGCUGUUGUGGUCAUCAGCCACUACAGGAUCUGGAGAUUCGUGUUGGCAACAGCAGCGCUGAUCUGCAACGUAAUCCACUGUGCGCCUGGUAUCCGGGCACCGUGGAAGAAGGCAUUACAAAAACAUUUUCCUGUGCGCGUCCGCUCAUUGGCCAGUAUGUGGCUAUACAAUUGGUGGGUGUAGAGGGCAGUCUGAGUUUGUGCGAAGUUGAAGUGUUCACCAAUGAUGAAUUCUCCGUCGAUCGUUGCCUCAGUCCGAAUCUGAGUGUGGAAACGGUGUUGACAACCUUCUCGAAAACUUGCUAUGAAUUUCAUGUGACUAAGGGUGAGAAUUUCGAGAAGGCGCAGCAAAUGUGCAAAUCAACGGGCGGCAAUUUGGUGCACGAUUUUCGUGGUGCUGCCAAUGAUUAUAUACUCGCCGAAUUGGAACGCCGCAAGUCGGAAUUAAAGACGCAGCUGGUAUGGAUUGGCGCACAAAAGGAGCCCGGCAUUACUUCGCGCACCUGGAAAUGGGUUAAUGGCGAAGUGGUGCAGAAACCGGCCUGGGGCAAAGAUCAGCCGAACAACUAUAAUGGCGAGCAGAAUUGUGUGGUGCUGGAUGGCGGGCGCAACUGGUUGUGGAAUGAUGUGGGCUGCAAUUUGGACUACCUGCACUUCAUUUGUCAGCAUUCGCCCCUUUCCUGCGGCUCACCAGACUCGCAACAGAACACCACAAUCGUUGGCCGCAACUAUACGCUGGGCAAUAAAAUCACAUACCAAUGUCCAAAGGGUCACUCGCUGAUCGGCGAUGCGGAGCGCACUUGUCGCACUGAUGGCACUUGGGGCGGGCGGGCGCCCACCUGUAAAUAUGUUGAUUGCGGUGCGCUGCCGGAACUGGAGCAUGGCGCCAUUCUACUUUCGGAACAACGUACCAGCUAUGGUGUGCAAGCGACCUACACUUGUCACGAGAAUUAUACGCUCAUUGGCAAUGAGAAUCGCACUUGCGAGUUGACUGGUUGGACGGGCAAGCAGCCGGAAUGUCUGGUCGAUUGGUGUCCUGAGCCGCCACGCAUCGCCGGCGGCAGUGUAAGUGUGACGGAUAAACGCGCCGGCUCAACGGCCACAUAUGAGUGCGAGGCCGGUUAUGUGUUGGUGGGCGAACCGAUCAUUUCCUGUGGCCUUGGCGGUGAAUGGUCCAGCAAGCCACCUUCAUGUCGCUUCGUGGAUUGUGGUGCACCAGCGCGCCCCGAUCGUGGUCACGCAAUGUUGGUGAACUCCUCAACCACUGUUGGUUCGAUGGUGAAAUAUGAAUGCGAAGAUGAUUAUUGGUUGGAUGGGCCAUCGGAGUUGUACUGCACAAAGGAGGGCAAAUGGUCGGGUGAUGCACCGAUAUGUGAGCUGGUCGCCUGUGACACGCCACAUGUGCCAGCUGGUUCAUUUGUUGUUGGCUACGACUAUAAUGUGCACUCAAAGAUUCAAUAUAAUUGCGAUCCGGGUCAUGUGCUGCGCGGCAAUCCCACUCUAGAAUGUUUGGAAACCGGAGAGUGGAGCGCUGAUGCGCCAUUCUGCGAAUAUAUUGACUGUGGCGUAAUCACACCAAUUCCAUAUGGCUCCGUAAAGUACACACAGAAUACUACGUAUGUGGGAUCAGAGGUUACCUUCAGCUGCACACAGUCACACAAGUUGAGUGGCGUACCCAAACGUGUUUGCUUAGAGUCAGGGGUUUGGAGCGAUGCCUCGCCCAAAUGUGAAGAGAUUCGUUGCUCGGAGCCGGUAUUGGCAGCGCACAGUUUGCUUUCUGUCACGGGCAACGACCGCAUGUACGGUCGUACACUGAUACGUACCGCCGAUUCGACACAAAAUAGCGCUCAGACUUACAAAAUUGGCGCGCUGGCCAAAUAUCGUUGCGAACGUGGCUAUAAGAUGGUUGGAGAAGCUCUGGUGACCUGUGAAGACAACGGUCAAUGGAGUGGCGCAGUUCCGGAAUGUGUGUAUGUCGAAUGCGGCGUUCCAGCCAACAUCACGAACGGCAAAGUCACCUUGGCUACAAAUGUCACUUAUUAUGGCGCAGCGGCGCUGUACGAAUGUAAUCCAAAUUUCAAGCUGGAUGGCGUAUCACGUCGUCUAUGCGCCGAAGACGGUACCUGGAGCCACGAAAAACCAGCCUGCAGAGAAAUCACCUGUGAUGAGCCGGACAUCAGUGAAAAUCUAGUAGUCGAUGUAGCCGAUCACUCGGUAGGCGCACAAGCGAAGUUCAAAUGCGCCAAGGGACGAACACUAAUCGGCAAUGAUACGCGGGUUUGCCAAAAGAAUGGCAAAUGGGCGGGCAAAAGUCCCAGUUGCAAACCCGUUGACUGCGGACGCCCACCAAUGAUAGAGAAUGGUCGUGUGAUAGUUGUGAAUGAAUCCACUUUAUAUGGUGGCUCCGCCGAGUAUCACUGCAUACCGAGCUACAAUCGUAUCGGGCAAUAUCUGCGGAAAUGUACAGAGGAUGGCACUUGGAGUGGUGACGAACCGCGUUGUGAAGUGGCAGCUACCGAGGCGCAAGAGAGCUCCAGCCUAGGUACUGGCAUUGCGAUCGGUGCGACUGUCAUCAUUGUGCUACUCUUCGUUAUUGGUCUGAUAUUCUUGCAUCGUAACAAAGCGCGUCCGGUGAAGAAUACCGAGAAUGUGCAGGCGGCGGAAACCAAAGACGAGCGCAAUGCGGCAGUGAUGUCCUACUCCACACUGGAGGCGAAUAAUCGCAUGCAUUUGGAUAAUGGACCACCGGCGACAUUCAAUACGUUUCAAGUAAACGGCAGAGGUGGAGUGAAUGGCAAUGCGUCUAUUGGACGGAAACCAGAGAACAUCUACGACCAAAUACCCAGUGAGCAAUUCUAUGAUGCGCCAUACGAGAUGCGCACCAACGACGAAGUCUACGAACCGGAACCAACGGCCGGAAAUGUCAUCACCAUAAAUGGCAUAUCUGUGCGAUGAGCAGCAUGCGGCACCGAAGUCAGCGCGUUGUUUGCGAAUAUUUUAAUAAAUAUUCCAUAAAUUAAGUGCUAAAUUAAUGUGGAGCAUUUAAAGUGUAGUGAACUUUUAAAGAUUCCUAUUUUUUGUUUUGUUUUUGGAUUUCUGUGUGCGCUGCUCUGUUUUGAACAGGUGUUGAUCAAAAUAUGUUAUGUGGGUACAUUUUCGAAGGGCGCAAUGAAGUGUGCAACUAUGUUAGCUAAGUGGGUUCAUUCAUAUGUGAGAUUUGGACUGAUGUAUGCGCUGGUCUGCACAAAAAAAAAUUAUAGCUCGCGCACUGACUUCACACCUGCUGAUUCUUAUUUAAAAUUAACGUCCGGUCUACGUAUAGGGCAACAAUUAGAUGAGUGGGUCGCCCCGGAAACUAGUGAAAUAUGGAGAAAAGUGCGCCAUAUUUGAAUUCAGAAGGGGUGUCUUGCAUAGGAAGAAGUCAGCUUAGGGUUAGUGCAGAUUUUUGUUGCGCAGAUCAGUGUUAUUUAAGAGAAUUGCCUAAAUUGGCGGAGUUUUUCCAAAGGAAUGAAGUCUAGCAUAGAAAUCUGUUAACUGGCAGCUUUUUCGCUAUUCCUUUCUAAAUGUUCACUUGCAUAUCGUAGUUGUGUAUAAACAUAUUAUAUUUAAAGCAUUACUCGACAGUUCUUUUUUUUUCGAAAAUUAUUUUCAUUGAAAAUUCAGCCUAGUGGCUUAUAAACAUUUACGUAGGUACCUAUUUUAUUCAAAUAAAUGUAUAUCGAAAUGGCCCUUUAGUUCUAGCUAUUCUAAUGUAUCGAUAAUCGCUCACAUAAUCCUAUGAAUAUACAUACAUACAUACAUAUACAUAAAUAGCGUAGAUAUAAAAUUGUAGAUUUUGUAAAUUUUUCUUUAGUACUAAGCUAAAAAUAUAUAAUACAUACAGACAUAUGUGUAGACAUACAUAUGCACAUCGAGUAUAAGUUGCCUUGUAAAUAUUACGUGAUCUGUUUAAUUUUUAAUGUUAACUAAAUAUUUAUUACUGGUCUGUGUCGCACAAUAAACAAAUUAUAAAGAGAAAAUAAUAUAUACGAUUAAUAAAAUAAA